GUCCGCUGCGGACACGCCCCCUCUGGUUUCAGGAAGCGGAAGCAGGAAUGUUGCAGUGUUUUCAGAAAAGUUUGGAGAAGUUUGACAGUUUGGAAGCAGAGACACAAACUGCGGAGAAACAUGACGGUGUGUUACCUGCUGCUGAUGUUGCUGUAGAGUCGUCAGUCUCCUCUGACUGACUGACUGACUGACUGGCCUCAACCAGACACACAGAAAGGCAGAUAUGGAGAGUGGAUCUCUGGAAAUGGACACCAGCACUGCUCCAGAUCCAAGUGUGCAGUCAGACCACCGCUUAGCCGGCCUGCGGCGUCGGGCCUGGGCCCAGAGUAGGGACUCCAUCUGGCAAGAAUCAGAAGCAGAGAGCUGUGACCCCCAGGGGUCCCAACAGAACGUAAUGGAUGGGGAAGAACAAAGACCCUCAGAAGAACCAGGGCGGGUUCCUAACAAGAUCACAAGCUGGCUGAUUGAAUGCAGGACUCCCCUCGGAGCCUCUUUAGAUGAUCAGAGUGCUUCUCCAAGCAGAGGUAAUCCACAUUUUCUGUGUGUGUUGUUUGUAUACCGUACAUUACAUUGUGAGGACCCCAACCUGAUAGGACAUGUUCUGGGGAUGUUGGUUCAUGACUAAAUAUUUGCAACUAGU